AGAGCAGAACAGACCAGUCCUUGGCACGCUAGCCCAGCAAGACUCAGCCAUUCGCACAAGCUUUGCUCUCUAUGCAUUGAGGUUCUUUCAAAGUUCGCCACUAGCUCUUUUGUUGACAGCAUUUCUCUCUGUAUUUAGCAUUCUGCCGUUCAUUUCGGAAGACUUCUCGCCGUUACGUCCCUCCAGGCGAAUCCGGCUCUGUCGUGGAAGCAGCCCACCAUAGUGACUAUUCAAUCGAGCACCCCUGCAUUACAGUGUCCGGGUCACGCCAGGGCCGGCCGGGUUACAGUAAAGCCCUGUCUGCCAACCGAGUACCGAGCCCACUAAACCGAGUCGUCAGCAUGCCGCCCACUAAGCCGGCUCCAUCCAGGAACAUUCUGAUCGCCGUGGACCCCAGCCCUGACAGUGAAAAAGCAGUGGCGUGGGCCCUCAAGAACCACAUCCGCCCAUCUGACCGAGUCACCCUGCUGAAUGUGCGCCCCAUAGUGGAAUCCGGACCCGGGCUGUUUGCAGCUUAUGCUGACUCAACGGUGUCAGCAGAGGCGAUGGCAGAGGUGGACCGGGUGAUAGAGAAGCACAACGCCGGUGUGAGGAGGAGAUUCGUGAGCAACCUGUCGCAGCAGCUGGACCAGGCUAAGGUGCAGUACGACAUAGUGGCAGUGCAGGAUGCGGACCCCAGGGAGCGCAUCUGCAGCGAGGUGGAGAGGAUAAAGGCGCACACGCUCGUGAUGGGUUCAAGAGGGCUCAGUGCGGUGAAGAGGCUUGUGCUCGGAAGUGUAUCGGACUACUGUGUCAACCACGCCUCCUGCCCUGUUAUUGUUGUGCGCCCGAAGCAAUCAGAGAUUGCUUGACGUGUCUUCGAUUGAAAGCUACUACAGUAUCAUAACACACUGUUCUGCAAGAAGUGACCAAGUGAUAGCUAUGGCCACUAGGGUUGACUUCACAGGGCUAGGUAAUAUAUUUUAGCUUCUUUGGUUAUCUCUGUGAUUAAAAGUCAUCCCGAAGUCACUGUUGUCACUGUGUGUCCCUCUGCUUUAUUGUUGCCCCAUUGUAAGGAGUUAGAAACAUGUAAAAAAUUUGGACUAAACUG